AGAAAAUUUAUACGCUAUUUUUAUUAAAACAUUGUUCUUGUAAUGAAGUUUUUCGAGAGGACUAUAUUCAGAAAUUUAAAGAACUUGUGCCCAUAUAAACCUUCAAGGAAUACCACCUAUCCUUCCAUAAACUCUACAAAUAAUAGAGGCUGGAAGUUUGAUAGUACUUUUUAUAUAGGAGUUCCAGCCUUCUUAUCAAUCUCAUACUUGUCUUAUACUUCUCUAAAAUCCAAGAGUUACUGUAACGGAUUCAAUAAGGUUGAACUGGGAAAUUUAUCCGACUUCAAGGAUGGAGAAUCUAAACAAGUUAAAGUUUAUAAUGGGAAGGACACAGUUUUAGUAUCGAAGAUUAAAGGCAAUUUCUAUGUUACAGGAAGCUCUUGUCCACAUUUUUCUGCAUCAUUUAUAGAUGGAGCUGUAACAGACGAGCUUCUAAUUUGUCCCUGGCAUAAUGCGAAAUUCAAAUUAAGUGACGGAUCAUGUGUAAACGGACCUUGUAUGGAUGGAAUAGCAACAUAUGAACCAGUUGUACAGGGCGAUAAACUAUACGCCUUACUACCACCAACACCGUUACCGCUGGAAGUGGAAAUGCUGAGAGAUAAAACCAAUGGAAGAGAUAAUAGAGUUUUCGUAAUUUGUGGAGGAGGCGCAUCAGCACAUGCAGCAGCUGAAACACUAAGACUUAAGGGAUUUACAGGCCGCAUACUAAUGUAUGCUGAUGAGAAAUAUUUGCCAUACUAUCGACCAUACUUAUCCAAAGCGUUUAGUAAAGAAUAUGAUAAAGUUCCAGACCAACAGGCACUAAGAUCAAAAGAGUUUUAUAAAAAUAAUCAAAUUGAGUUUUACUCUGGAAAAUCAGUUCGUCUAGUCAACGACAAGGAUCACACAGUCACAUUGUCUGAUGGAACUACAGUGAAAUAUGAUAAAGUCUUGGUUGCUACUGGCAAUUUUUCUGCUAGAUUACCUGUAUCCCAGAACAAAGAUUAUGAUAACCUUUUCACCGUCAGAACCAUAGAUGACCUAAAAUCCCUAUCAAAGUUUGUUAAACCAAAUGCAAACAUCGUUAUUGUUGGAGCCAACUUCAUAGGCUGUGAACUGUCGUCUGUCCUUAAAUCCACAGGAGCCAACGUUACAGUUUUAACAAAUACUGAGACACCUUUGGAAACAAUAGUUGGUAAAAGGGUUGGAGGAGUUGUGGCCAAAUUAAUGGAAAAAAACGGUGUAAAAUUCCUACCCAAAUGCACGGUUAAAAAAUACAAUUUGAAUGGAAACAAGAUUAAUGAAGUGGUUUUGGAUAAUAAUACGACCCUGAAGGCGGAUGCUGUUAUUGAAGGCGUGGGCACCAGAGUUGAUACGUCUCUCUUACCGUGUGCGCAAUUGGCUAAAAAUGGAACUGUUUUAGUGGAUGAAGCUUUCAGAUGUAAGGGUUGUAAGGAUGUGUUUGCCUCUGGGGACUUAGUGAGUUACCCGUACCACAGAACUGGGAAACCGAUUUCAGUAAAACACUGGAAUGUUGCACUUCAGCAUGGACGUGUUGCAGCCAGUAACAUGGUUGGUAAACCUGCAAAGAUGGACAUGAUCCCCUUCUUCUGGUCAAAUUUUUUCAAAACCGGGUUUAGAUUUGCCGGUGUUAUUGAUGGAACUGAGGAGUUAGUAUUUGAGGGUGAUGUCGACUCUAACAAAUUCACAGUUUACUACGUUAAGGAUAAAAAUGUAGUUGCUGUUUUAGCGAUGGGUAUGGAUAAAUUUUCUUCUUACAUGACAGAGGCCUUUGAUAAAAAAUGCAUGCCUUCAUAUGCUGCACUGAAGAUGGGAGCUGCAAACUCUCAAUCAAUAAUUGAAUGUGUAAAUAAGUUUAAAGCCUAACAAAAUGUUUGCAGUUUUUUACAUACCAUUAAACUUAAAAUAUUACUUUAAAAAAACAAAAUCUCUGUAACUUUUUCCUAAUUAAAGUAUAUUUCCAUUUUAUAA